UAGAUAAUUCCAAUGCAAAAUUCUGGAGACCAUAUAUGAAUUCCAAUUUCAUAGGUGGAUCUACGCAUCUCCGACAGCUAUUAUUUUCUACUUCUCAUCGCAUCCUAGACGCCCAUCCAAAGAUCUCGCCGUCGCGUCGCUUCCUGUCAAUGGCCACCAUGAGGUCUCUGUCUCAGCCUCGAUCCCCGCCAUUGGCCGAGAAAAUCAAGCACGAGAUGGAGUUGUUCGGGGACGUGAGAGUUGACAAUUACUACUGGCUUCGCGAUGACUCCCGCAAGGACCCUAAAGUUCUCUCUUAUCUUCAACAAGAAAACGCCUAUUGCGAGGCCAUGAUGUCCGGAACCAAAAAAACUGAAGAUAAAAUUUAUGCUGAGAUUAGAAGUCGAAUCAAAGAGGACGAUAUAUCUGCCCCUUUACGAAAAGGACCUUAUUAUUAUUAUUCAAGGACAUUGGAAGGAAAGGAAUAUGUUCAAUAUUGCAGACGUCCCGUUCCUAUCCCUGAUGCUCCGCCAUCUGUUCACGAUACCAUGCCUACAGGUCCCGACGCUCCACCAGAGCAUGUAAUUUUGGAUGAGAAUGUUAAGGCUCAAGAACAUGGUUUUUACAGCAUUGGUGCUUUUAAGGUCAGUCCAAAUCAUAAGAUGGUUGCAUAUGCCGAAGACACUAAAGGAGAUGAAAUUUAUACCGUAUAUGUGAUUGAUGCAGAGACUCGAGCUCCGAUAGGGAAGCCGUUAGUGGGUGUAACAUCGUAUGUUCGAUGGGCUGGUAAUGAUGCUUUAGUUUACAUUACAAUGGAUGAGAUCCUUCGGCCAGACAAGGCAUGGUUACAUAAGUUGGGGUCGGACCAAUGCAAUGACUUUUGCCUUUACCAUGAGAAGGACGAUAUGUUUUCCCUUGAUCUUCAAGCUUCUGAGAGUGAGAAAUUUUUGUUUAUUUCAUCUGAAAGCAAAAUGACAAGGUUUGUCUUCUAUCUUGAGGUUUGCAAGCUGGAAGAAGUCCUUAAGGUUUUGACACCUCGUAUAAAUGGAAUUGAUACCUCUGUUAGUCAUCGUGGAAACCACUUCUUUAUCCAGAAGAGAAGUGAUGAAUUUUUCAAUUCAGAACUACUAGCUUGUCCAGUGGAUAAUACAUCUGCAACAACAGUUCUUAUUCCUCACAGGGCAAGUAUAAAGAUUCAGGAUAUUCAACUUUUUAGUGAUCAUCUAGUUGUCUAUGAGCGUGAACAAGGUUUGCCCAAAAUUACCGCUUACCGUCUUCCAGCAGUUGAAGAGCCACUCAUAUGCCUUCAAGGGGGUCAGGCAGUUCAAUUUAUUGAUCCUGUAUAUUCAGUUGAUCCUUCGGAAUCACAAUUUUCCUCCACCAUUUUGCGGUUUUCUUAUAGCUCAUUGAGGACACCUCCAUCUGUGUAUGAGUAUGACAUGAAUACUGGGGAGUCUGUUUUGAAGAAGAUUGAAACUGUUCUGGGAGGUUUUGAUGCAUCAAAUUAUGUCACUGAAAGGAAAUGGGCUACGGCUUCAGAUGGCACUCAAAUUCCCAUAUCAAUCGUGUACCAAAAGAAUCUUGUCAAGCUUGAUGGAUCUGAUCCAAUGUUGCUUUAUGGUUAUGGUUCCUACGAGGUAUCGGUAGAUCCUAACUUUAACAAAGCAAGGCUGUCUUUAUUAGAUCGUGGGUUUGUCUUCGCAAUCGCUCAUAUUCGCGGAGGUGGUGAAAUGGGGAGGCAGUGGUACGAGAACGGGAAGUUCUUAAAGAAGAAAAAUACAUUCACAGAUUUUAUCGCUUGUGCCGAGUUCUUAAUUGAACAGAAGUAUUGUUCAAAGGAAAACUUGUGCAUUGAGGGAAGAAGUGCAGGUGGAUUGCUUAUGGGUACCGUUCUUAACAUGAGGCCGGAUUUGUGGAAGGCCGCUGUCGCUGGAGUGCCUUUCGUAGAUGUCUUGACUACAAUGCUUGAUCCUACCAUACCUCUUACAACAUCAGAGUGGGAGGAAUGGGGUGACCCUCGGAAGGAAGAGUUUUACUACUACAUGAAGUCGUAUUCACCUGUAGAUAAUGUGAAGGCUCAAAAUUAUCCUCAUAUUCUCGUUACGGCCGGCUUACAUGAUCCGCGGGUUAUGUACUCAGAACCUGCAAAGUUUGUGGCUAAACUAAGGGACAUGAAAAAGGACGAUAACAUGCUGUUGUUCAAGUGUGAACUUGGUGCCGGCCAUUUUUCGAAGUCCGGGAGAUUCGAGAGGCUCCGAGAAACUGCCAUGACAUACUCUUUUCUACUGAAAGCACUGAACAUGAUUCCCACCUGCGGGUCUGCUAAAAUCUGACAAGGCCGAUGUGUGUCGGAGUUAAUGCCGAUUACAUAGCCUAGUUUCUGCACUUCAGUUCUAUAAGUUAUGGUUUAGUCGCUGCACUUUAAUUUAUAAGUUAUGCUAUGGUUUUUGUCCCUGUAUUAUACUCGAGGAUUUAGUCCCUAUAACUUUUUUUUUUUGAAAAUAGUCCCUAUAACUUAAAACCCAUGGGCUGAACCUGUAUUACAUUCAACUUGGGAAUAUACGAUAUGUUUGGAUUAAAUGCAGUAAAGAAAAGAAAGGAGGAUCACUUUCCUUACUUUCCUUUCAUUUCCA